AUGGCGCUCCCUGCCUCGCUCCCGUCCAUUACCAACCAUGACACAGCAAGAAAUAAACCUCGUCUAGACGUCUCUGCAACUCUUUUCCAGCGUAAGCGAGUAUCUCGUCGGAAAACGCCCAGGCCCGCAUGCGUCUCCAGCAGCUCCCCCUCCCCCAUGCUGAACGGCCGAUACAAGCCAAAUCUUGAGAUCGAAACGGACUUCUCUGCCGACAACUCUCCGACCAGCUUCUCGCCCGUAGCGCCGCUCGCCAGGAGCUCUCCAUACCCGUCCACAGCUAGAGCAGCAGACACAGAGCCUAAAUUGACCCAGACGUCGUCUCCGAGAGCUAUGGUAGCUGCAAUUCCAGCGAUGCCGCCCGCGCCUCAUCCUUUCCGACUGUCGGACUUUUUCUACAAGGAGAUCUUUGGCGUUCACGACAUUAAACAGAGCGACGGCGUGCAUCAAGAACGUGUGCAAAACUUCUUUGUGGUUCCGCUAAACACCGAGCAAUUAUUCCUCUUCGGAGUGCUGCUAGCGCUCGACAGCUUCCUCUACGUGUUCACGUACUUGCCCUUGAGGAUCCUGUUCGCCUGUGGCUGCGCUGUGACAUCGAGUUUCCAUGCUCGAGUAUUCCGCAGAACGCACUUCUACGACUUAAUGGUAGCCGUCAUCAUAGCCGUGGGCACGACCGUGCUGGGCUACGUCGAUAUGUCGAGGGUGUACCAUGCGAUCCGCGGCCAGGCGAUGAUCAAACUCUACGUGUUGUUUACGAUGAUUGAGAUCUUCGAUCGACUGUUCUCUUCGCUGGGACAAGAUGUACUGGACUCGCUGUACUACACGGCAAAGUAUCAUCCUCGUCGAGUGACGCGAAUGUUCCUGGACUUCGCUGUAGCCAUCACCUACGUGGUGCUGCAUGCGCUAUUGUUAUUUGCGCAAGUUGUAACGUUGAAUGUGGCAGUUAACUCGAGCAACACGUCGCUGCUUACGUUGCUGAUUUCGAACAACUUUGCGGAGCUCAAGAGCUCGGUUUUCAAGAAGUUCGAGGAGCAGAAUCUCUUCCAGAUCAGCUGCAGCGACAUCGUCGAGCGCUUUAAACUUCUCACCAUUAUCGGCCUUAUCCUGCUGCAAUCUUCUACGGGAGAUGUUGCCUGGGGAACGGCUAUGGUUUGGGUGGCCGAGAUGGUGAUUGACUGGUUAAAACACGCCUUCAUCACAAAGUUUAACCAGCUGCCACCGACGAUGUACUCGAAGUUUAUCACGAUCCUUUGUCGCGAUUUAACAGGCUGGAAGAGCGAGGAUACCAUUCUGGAUCACACGCACCAUGUAUCCAAGCGCUUGGGUUUGAUGUCGUUGCCGCUCGCUUGUGUCGUGCUGCGUAUGGUAUCGAAGGCGUUAGUCGAGGCCCCAAUUGAGCUCGCAUCACCUGGCGGAAUACUUGUCACAGUGGCGUUUUUUCUCUGCUUGGCGGCAUUUAAGGCGCUGCUGAGUUUAGUAUUGAUGAUUUAUGCCUGCAAGUCCGGUAGACUGGAUGAUACUCGACCCAAAAGCCCACGCUCCGUUAGUCACCUCGAGUCCAUUCACCGCUACAAGUUUUAA